UGAUGGUACUGUGCUGGAUCCAUUACAUUACUUUUGUAUGAUUUCAUCAACUUAUCCCACACUAGUUGUAGAAUGAUGGCUUGCUUUUAGCAUGUCUAGACAGCAGCAUAGAGCGGGCGGGCAAACUAUGUUUUCAUCAGGAAGAAUCUAACCAAUUCACUCAAUAAUUUUAAACAUGGAAUGAAAGUAUCGCAAGCCAGCCUUGGAAAUGUGCUGAAGGAUAAGAAGUGUUUUUCCUCCCAGCAUUCUUUUUCUAAUUUUUCUUUGAGAUGAUGGAAACAACAUGGUGGAAGUUGGCUGUCUGUUUUAGUAGUGGGCGGUUCCUUUGAGCGAGUUGCCCUCCUUUCUCUCUCGCCAGUGUUCUAAUCUCUCUUUUCUUCUACUCCAAGCCCAACCCUCUACCGCUCCCAGCACAUUUGUGUGCCAAACCCUCAGAGGUCAUUAGACUCGCAGGGGUGGAAACCCAGCGCUAAGCCGUCCUGAAAGGGGCUUGAAGCACUCAGCUUCGCUUUAGCCUAGAUGCUCCUUACAAGGGGUAAAGCUAUCUUUUAUGCAUUGAUUAUGCCGCAGCUUUGAUCCUCUUCUUCAAGUGUUUUUCACCUGUGCUUUGUAAACUAAGUGACUGUUUACACCCUGUCUGGAGAGGAGGGAAGGAAGGACCCUGUUUGAGAAACUCUCAUUGUCUUCCUCCAGUGCUUGGAUAUGUAGUUACACACAAACUUGCCGCGGUCGGUAUUGGAUACAUUUUCUCUGGAUCGAAUCGUGUCCAAUCUUUUUCCUUCUGGGUUUUGUAGCAGGGUUUUACUAAAAGCCCACUAACACAAGAGGUUUUAAUUCUUCAUGAAUGUGAUCACAAAGAGCAUACGUUCAUCUCUCGGUUACCAAGCUACAAAGCUUUUAUGAGAAAUGUAAAAGACUGGAUCCUUGUUUGUGCAGCCGAAUUGUAAGCCAUCUGGAAUGCUCCUCUAUUGAGGAACCACUAGAGCUGAAUAGCUACGGACAGGCACUUGAAUAGCUUGAUAACAUCUUCACUCAAAUUUCCUGAAUCACUUUUCUCAACUUUGUGACGAGACAAAACAUUUUUAUAACCCCUGCUUUCUCUCCCUUGCUCUCUCUAGCUCUCUCUUUCUCUCUUUCUAUCUCUUUCUUUAUUGCUGUACUUUCAACUCAAGGCUCUAUUCGUUGAUUGAAUUGUCAUGAGUUCCUUUUAAGACCCGGUCUCCAAACAAAAGAUGCUGCAAUGGUAUUAGCCUAAGGAGCGUUGCAGGAACAGUGUACUGUAUCACCAACCUUUAUACAGCGUAGGUACAUCGUCUCUGCAGUCAGUUAGUUAUUAGAGAGUGUACUGCAGAGAGUGGACAGGGCAGUCUCUUAUCGUCUUCUUGUGACAAAUUGAUAGAAUAUUACCUGUUAUCUGUGUUGAGUCGUGGUAGAACAUAUAUACAUUGUUGAUGGGCCUCAAUGCCAGUUAUCUCCCUCACAAAUGACAUCCAUGGAAUACUUUCUGCUGUGGAGUUAUGCUGAAUCUAUCUGUCAGUCAAACCUGGGUUUAUCAAGAGACGUGUCACUUUGAAUCAAGCCGCCGGUGAAAAACGACCGCAUCUUGCGACUGUGUCUUCCGUACUGCAGAUGAUAGUGAUGAUGAUGAGCUGUGUGAUCUAAUGUGAGAUUGUGACAUCAGGCAACAUUUCUUCAUAUUGUGAUUACAAAGGACAAAACUGAUUCAAAUUGGACCUGACAGUUAUAAACAAUCUUACAUUUCAUAUCAGUUUGCAGGAACUACAUUCGCUUCAUGUAGGCCUCUUUAGAGUCGGACAUGAUGCUAUUCUGGAACUUUGGAAAAUAAGUUUAUGUUUAUUGGAAUGAACUUUCCUGCUCCCAUCCUGCCCUUUGUGGGGAACUUUUCAUCUUGAAUUCUGUCAAAUGUCGCUGUCAGGGGCAGCUGGUCUUGUCUGGAAAAAGAGAGAGUCUAAACCCUCUUCUAAGUGCAGUAACCGCAUCUCGUGUUUGCUCUAUUGUAUUUGAAGGAAAAAUUAUCCUAACUGGCCACCUGGCUGCUCAAGCCGAAUGUCAAGACUUUGAAUCUUGUCCGAGUUUGACAUCUCCAUCUACCCUCAGCCAGACAUCUUCAUUUUGAAUAACCCAGUCCUCAGACUGACGGAGAGGAAAGCACUUUUACUUGCAAGUCUUCAGUUGGACGUCUGGAGGUUGCCGGACAUACACGUUUCAGCAUCCGAGCUAGCAUUGUUUGUGGGGUUGAUGUAAAUGAAAAUCUGUUGAGCCUGUCAAACUGUUGAACUGACUGGACUCUACCAUGGAGAUUACAGGAAUCUAUCGAUGGAUUAUUGCCCAUCUCUUACUAGUCCACACAUUCUAUCCUCAUGUGCUUUCAGAUAGUACCACGCCCCCUCCUGGUACCCCAUAUAUCGCCAUCGAUGCGCCCAUGAACAACGAGACGGUGAUACCGGGAGAUUCUGUCACUCUCAACUGCAGGAUACGAGGGUAUCCCAAACCCACUUACUGGUGGUAUCGGAACGAUGCCAUCAUCAGGGACGACAUCGGGAGGAACGUUGUCAGGGAGUUUAAGGGCGGAUCAACGCUAACGAUUAAUAAUGUUGGUACGCUGGAUACGGGAUCGUACAAGUGCAUAGCUGCGAAUGAUAACGGGACCAAGUCGGUGCAGGGAUCGAUCACUCUGAAUGCAAAUUCACCUACAUACAGUGAGAGUAGUGUCAGUGAUUACUUAGAUGAGAUGAGUGUGGAUGAGCCUCAGUGUGAGCCCUACAGAGGCAGCGUAUGCAGUCCGCACAUAGCUAACAGUCAGGUCUACAUCCCGGCUGGACAAACCCAAGCAGACAUCGAGGCUGCUCUAGGUGCUGCCAUUCAACAGAUCAACAACGAUCUACCGAUCACACUCAACCAACGCUGCACCAAGUACCUCAAGCCAUCCAUGUGCCUGACAGCCUUCCCACUCUGCAGAGAGCGCCCUCGCUUGGCCGUCCAUAGGAUGUGCUAUGACGAGUGUCGUCUGCUAACCACAGAGAUCUGCUCCUCCCUGGUGGACUAUGUGGACGCUCAGCCGGAGCUGGGGCUCGUCGAUAUGUUGCCAAUUUGCACAGAUUUGCCGCUGCCCGGCGCAGUUGCCGGCGCCAACUCUGAGAAUUCAUGCCUCAGAAUGGGCAUGUCAGAAAGUGGAGUUGCCACAAUCACCCCGUUUGGAGUGCCAACAGCUCGUUAUUUCAUCAUCAUGGAAAGACCUAUGAACAACGAGACCGAACUCCACACCGGUGACAAAGCUACGCUGAGGUGUCGCAUCAUCGGCGAUCCCACGCCCCACUACAAGUGGUAUAAGAACGACGCCCUACUCACAGAGGAGCGGAGAGACCGGAGGAUAACAACCAAGGAGUAUGAAUGGGGUUCAAAACUCAGCAUCAGGAACGUAGACACCACCGAUACAGGGUACUACAAGUGCGUGGCAGAGAACAGGGCUGGAGUGAGAUCUACAAUGGGUAUCCUCUUUGCUAGGAUUGCAAGCGAAACUACUCGGCCUGUAGCUGCUAUUCCAUCCCAAGGUUACUGUCAGCCAUAUCGAGGGAUGACAUGCUCCAACUUCAUCAGCAACCACUCCAUCUACGUGACCGACUUCCAAGCUCAGAAGCUCAUCGAUGAGCGUCUGACCCAAGCCUUCCUGCUGAUGGCCCGUGACCUCAGCCCGCAGUGUCAGCAGUACGCCAUCCCGUCCCUCUGCUUCUUCGCGUUCCCGUUCUGCGACGAGACGAGGCAGGAGCCUCGCGGGAGGGAGCUUUGCAGGGACGAGUGUGAGAUCCUGGAGCAGGAUAUCUGCAAGACGGAGUACCAGAUCGCCAAGGAGAUGCCCAAUGUGAUCUUACCGGAUUGCUCGAGGUUACCAGCUAUCGGUACCAAUGCAAACGCUAACUGCAUACGUGUGGGCCUACCAGAUGUCGCCGCAGUCACAGAUCACAAGUGUUACAACGAUACAGGAGAAGAUUACCGAGGCAGAAUCAACACAACCAAAUCAGGAUUUGCCUGUCAGUCGUGGGAUAAGCAAGAGCCUCAUGAGCAUGCCCUGUGGCCUUCUCACUACCGAGAACUCGCUGGAGGUCAUAACUUCUGCCGUAACCCUGGCAACGGUCUGGACAAACCCUGGUGCUUCACGACCAACCCGGACGUCAGGGCAGAGAAGUGUGACAUUCCCAGAUGUGAUGAGCUGACUGGAAGUGGAGUGGUCAGCAGACCCACUAUCCUCUACAUCAUUGUUCCCGCGGUAACGGUCAUCGUUGUCAUCCUCCUCAUCUGUGGGUGCGUGUGCUUCUGUUGGAGACAGACCAAGUCUCAGCGCUAUGGGGGCGUGGCUAGCAGGACCAGGCCUAGUGAGGUGGUGGCCCUACAACAGAAACUACAGGUAAAGGAGAUUCCAUUGGCAGCCAUCAAGUUCAGCGAGGCCCUUGGGGAUGGCACGUUUGGCAAGGUAUGGCGAGGAGAGCUGAUGGGUCUAAACAACCAGUACAGCUGUACAUCCAUCGUCAUCAAGACAUUGGACAAGGAAGCGAGCCCCGCCCUUCAGCAGGACUAUCGUAACGAGACCAGUGUGAUGGCGUCCCUCAACCAUCCCAACAUCAUCACUCUCUUAGGGGUCUGCACCAAGGAGAAGCCCAACUGUAUGUUGUUUGAGUUCUUACCUCAUGGUGAUCUGCAUGAAUUCCUAGUCAGGCACUCUCCUAAUUCAGACGUUGGCUUCGGGAGCGGAGACGACGACACCCAGUCCUCCUUGGAUGCCUCAGAUUUCUUGAACAUCGCCAUCCAGAUCGUAUCUGGCAUGGAUUAUCUCUCUAGCAGGCAUUUUGUCCAUAGGGACCUUGCUGCUAGGAACUGCAUGGUUGGCGAGCACCAUCAGAUUAAGAUCACUGAUUUUGGUCUGGCAAGGGAUAUUUAUUCAGGGGAUUACUAUAGGAUGCCCUCGCAGGCCGUUCUGCCAAUCCGCUGGAUGUCUCCGGAAGCUAUCAUGUUCGGUCGCUUCACGGUGGAGAGCGAUAUCUGGUCCUUUGGUGUGGUGUUAUGGGAGAUUUACUCGUACGGCUUGCAACCGUUCUAUGGUUAUAACAAUAAUGAGGUGAUAGAGAUGAUCCGAACCCGUCACAUCCUGCCCAGCCCUAGCGGUUGCCCUCAGUACAUCUAUGCACUCAUGACAGAAUGCUGGAGUGAAAUACCUGCUAGGAGACCUCCUUUCAAGGUCAUCUCCACACGCCUCCGAGCAUUAGACACUGUACCUAUGCACACGCAAAACGGUAACAUAUACGGCAACCCCGCCGCGAACUUUAACCCCCAGUACAGCGGGCUGUACUCUCCGCAAACGCACUGCAGCUCCGAGGGCAAGAAAAGUCACGGGUCGUCGGGGGGCAGCAGACACUCUCAACCCAAAAUGGGUCUCGCUGACAAAGCCAUGUCGGAGACCUCUAGCUCAUCACAUCAUACAAGAUCAACAGGACAUGGUAAAUCAGAAAAGGUGGAACAAACCGCUGUAUAAUAACCACUUAUGUUGUCUCUUUAUGAUAUAUGCACUUGUAUAAAGUUGUACUGGAAUACACAGUAAUUGUAACUCUCUCGUAAUGCUUUGGUCUAGAAUUGUCUCUAUAUUGCAAUGUGUGAAGGCUAGAAAAUAAGUUCUGCAAGUAGUUUUUCUAACGACAAAGAAAUUUAAAAAUGUAUAUUUGUGUGAAUGCACUAGCAUACUUGUAGGUAAAUAGAGCUGAUAUUUGCUUCCUUGUGGCUUCAUGAUGUACUUAAGCAAAGGCAAAACCAAAGAAUAUUAUCCUAUGCUUAUAUUAAACUUUGCAACUCCGUCCUUCAUUUUGUACUUGUUUUCAACCGAGUAUUCCCCCUCAGUAUGCUAUAUCAUGUAGAUACAAGUCAGGUAUUCAAACUAUGCACUGUAUUGAAAGGAUUCAGUUAUACUUCAUAAUUUUACAAUUUAUUUAUUGAAUUUGAUCAUUUGCUUGUGAUCAACAUAGAUCCUUUUCAAGUGAGCAUUGAUAACGAUUCAAACCCCCUAAGAAGUAUUCGCGAUGUAAUGUCUGGUCAUAGAUUAUCAUUUUUUUGUGGAUAACUAUUCAGAAAAAUCAAUUGAUAUAUACACCACGUAUUUCUGACCACUCAAAAAACUUGAAAAGUAAAGCAUAUAAUUAUCAUUGAAUUAUCUUGGUUUAUACAUCUAUCUAGAACUGAAUUUCUUAAAUGCUCUAACAAGGGAAUGUCCCUUUUCCCUAUAAAUUUUGUAGGUCUAACAGUUUGUAAAAAAAAUAUUUUGCAAUUGAAAAUUUGUACAUGCAUAUUUAAACCAAAAUCCUAUAAAAAUCAUGUUUAUAAUCCACUGUAACAUUGCUACAGAGAAAUUCCAGUUAGUCAUCAUGUAAGGGAGUGAUCUGAUAGAGAGAGCAGGAAAUCUAAGCUGCCGAAUUCCUUCUAAAAGCACACCAGAAAAUAUAUUCAUAGACGUAGACUAGAUUAUUGGUGUGGAUGUACUAACAAUCAACUUCUUAAAACCCUCAAAGCUUUUCUAACUUUGUCGGUUUCCAGGUGUGAUUCACAUUUGCCAAAAAAUGAACUCAGUUUUUCUCAUCAGUUUUCUUCAACCAAGAAAAGUAUGAAUAAAUCUUGUUUGAUUUGAUUUGCCAAAUUGUAUAUAGAGCUUUUAAAACUAAUGUGGUAGUUAUUCUCACAUUUUAUUUUCAAUUUGAUUUUUCAUUAUAAUACAGAAUAUAAAUGACUGUAAUUUCAUUUAUGAUUGUUUAAUUUUUUAACAGAGUAGAAACAGAGUUGUCAAUGGACUUUUAUGACGCCUACAUGGAGUAUUAAUAAGAAGGUUUAAUUUUCUUUUUCGCAAAAUUAGGUUUACAAAGCAACAUUUCUAAACAGUACAGGCCAUUCUCUCUAUAUGAAAUCAUUCAGGCUUCACUAUCAUCAAGAAUUAAAAAAAAAAAUUCAUUAAAAUGUUUGAUUACGUAUUCAUACCAAGAAUCUUGACGGACUAAAACUGAUUUGUCGGCCAGAAAAGUUUCCUAUUUUUUUAAAAGGUGCAAAAUUCCUGAUUUUACGGAUUGACUCAUGGUGCCCCGUAAUGUGUUUAUUUUGCCAAAAUGUUAUAUCUUUAUAUUUGUUGAUUUGCUACUUUAGCUAGCCGUAUGCCAAGGUUUAUUAGAAUCAUGAACUCAGUAAAGUGACUGGAAAAUUUGCCAAAUAUGCUUUUUAUAUAAACUCAUCCUUUUUCUGUGAAGAAAAUGUUUAGGUUAAUGCUCUGUUUAGGUUGUUACAGGGUCAACUCUAAAAAUAGUCACACACAGAUUAUAGGGAUGCCAACCUGACCUCAUUCUCAAAAAAACAUUCAUUUUAUUUAUCUAAACCUCAUGCAAAGCUAGUAGUCUAUUCAUUUAUUAGAAUAAUGAUAUUUGGAAAGCUUUUAUUUCAAAAAAGUUUAAUGUACAACAUCUAUACACCUGUAUGCUAUUGUUUCAAAGAGUUAUAAGAGCUUACAGAUAACCAACAACAGCUCAUCCAUUUUAAGCUCCACUGCACUACUUAUAGCUACUUGGGCCCUCUAUAUAGCAAACAAUGCCUAAGCGGUGCCUGUUGGUCCCCAUGAUCCUCUUUUUCUUAUAUUAAUUGAGAGCUGAUUUAAUGAAAUAACUAUCUAUCAGUGACCUUGCAGGGAGGUCUAAUCCCCCUGGCCAAACUAGUAGAGACUGGCUUUAAAGGGAAUGCAAGCAAGCUACUCUAGUAGAAAGUAGAACCAUUAGAGAAGCAUACUGAUGAAAUUGAAUGAAAUAGGACAACAAAUGAGAAAGUUAUGAUUUUUUAAAAGUUGCAACCACUAUAGAUAUGGACUCUUCAAAUUGGCUGAAUCAGUAAUUUCUCUGUGGUGUAGUGGCAGACAACUUUCCCAUUUGUUCCAGCACACUAAAUGACUACAAUUUCAGCAAUAUCAAAGUAAAAGGUUACAGAAUGUGAUACACUGAUUGGCAUUAUCAGGGAUUUGUACAUCGUUAGUGAUUAGUAAUUAUUAUUCUUUGUUCUCAGACCUUAAUUAUGUACCCCAAUAUUUCUCUUUCAGACAGUGUGUGGAGUUAAGAAAAACAUUCAUUAAUAGUAUUUAUGUAAUUACAAUACUUCCAAACUUUUUGUUUUAAAUCAAAAUAUAAGAUUGAUGAAAAUCUCACAUCACACCCCUCCUGCCAAGGCAUUAUCAAAUUAAAUCUGAGCAAGAUGCUGUCAUACUAUUUCUUUGGUGAAAAAACUAAAUAUAUAUUUAUAUCUUAUGUUGUAACUGUAUGUGAUAUUUAAAUAUUGACUGUAUUUAAGCUGAAAUUAUACCUCAAGGCUGUGCAUUUAUUUGUCAUUUUUUUGUGUAUCUGUCCUAUUUUCUUGUUUUUUUAGUGCCUCAGCUACUAGUGAUGGUACUGGAGCCACUUGUUAUUAAUAUUUAUUGGUAUUUAUUUACACAUGGUUCAUCUUUUAGACUGCUUCGUUCUUUUACUAUGGAUGGCUUUAGUGCAGGUUACAUACGUACUAUUAUUGUUUUUAUAUGUUUUAACCAGUGCUACCAAGUUUACCAAAUUUGUAUAUCUCUUUUUUUUUAAUGGUUUGUAUCAUCAUUUCUGUCAUCAUUCAAUUUGAUACAAAUGGUUCUCCAUGAUGUAAAAGUUUGCAAUUCUGGAACUUUUUAAAAAUUUGAUUUCCAGGAGAAAGACAAGCUUUCCUUAGUCCCAAUGUUAGAUCAAUAUAAAAAUCUGGGCUGUUUAAACCAUGUAUUGCAUUGAAAGAGUUAAAUGAUUCGUUCCCUCAAAACAAUGAUGGAACAUAAAGGUCACUUAGUAUCCAUUGACACAUAUUUUAACAGAGAAUGUUUGAUGUUAUUCACUUGAAGCUGGAGCUGAAAUGUGUCACAUGGAUGUAUUUAUUAUGUUUGCAUUAAGAAAUAUAUUUUCAAUUAAAUCAUGCAUUUAUGGCAAUUAUAUACUACCUGGAUUUUUGGUAUAAAUACAUGGUAUUCAAUGUUACCUUUUUUCUAAAAUAAAGAAUGAAAUUUGGCUAUGGACCUUGCAACAGACAAGCCCUGAACUAACCAUUUUGAAUAAACGUCUAUUUGAAUUCACUUCUGGCUCCUUCAUGAUUCAGGUGAAAUGGUGCAAGUAGAGUUAUACAAGAAAUGAAAUAUAAUGAAAUAUAUCUGUGAAAAAAAUAUUCAAACAUGGUAUGAAAUUUAUUGAUGCCUGUCUGUAUCUUUUGGGGCUUGUAGAUAUCACUAACAUGCAUGGAAGGAGAGAUGGGCAAUCCAUUAUGUGUCUAGGAAUUAUCAUGAACAAUAACAUGAUAUUUGAGUAAAUGAGUUGCCUUUUAUAUAAUGCUAGCUACAGAUGUAUGUAUGCUGUGAAUAGGUAAAUAUCUUUGUCAAAAUCUGGUACACUGUGUAAAUGUUUUUUAUUACUAUUUAUGAACUCAUGUAUAUAGUUUUGUAUAUUUUAUUUCAAAGGUGUCAUGUUUAAAUGUCAAAUACAAAUCACUUUCAUUAUGUAGAAAAAUGCUAAUUUUAUGUACUUGCUUUAUAUUGUCAUCAAAGUGCUUGAGCUAAAUAUGAAAAAUAUUAUUCUAUGAACGGCAUGGAAAACGUCUUUAUUCUGAAAUGUCCCUUGAUUUUGAAAGCAAAUGUCCAUUUAUACCUCAUGUAAAUGAGCUUUCAUUUUUAAUGUAGACUAUUUUCCUUCUAAUGCAUAUGUAUUAUAUAUGCAUAUUUUAGGAAGAUAAUUUUUUAGCUAGCCUAACAUGACAUUAACUAAAGGACUAGCAAUGUUACUGGUUAUACUUAUGUGAAACAUCAUUCGUAAUGAUGACAGUAAUUAUGAGUUUAUUUUAUUGAUAAUGCCGAAUCUAAUUGAAUGAGACAACAUAUUUCUCUUGUCGCAAUUUAAAAAAGUGUCUAACCUAGGUGCAUGCUGUAGCUACUAAUGAGUUACCGGUGAAAAUUGAGAUUACACACAAAUAUUCUAGGAUUUCUAGGAUUUCGUAAAAUUUGAAGAGGUGACAUUAAAAAAAAGUCUUUCUUUACCUUCUACUGAUUUAUAUAAAGUAAACUAUGAAACUACAGACUCUUCAACAAUUCUCUUGCUGAUUAAAUCGUUGCCGCAUUGUCGAAUUCUUUGAGGAGCUCUGAUUUUAAUUCAAUUACCGUAGUCGAUCAUUCUUAUGAGAAUUUUAUUCACCCUAAGCGAGUUGAAUUUGAGUCAUAAAGUGGAGACAAGUGAGCUUCCCAUCUCAACUUUUUGGACAACCUCAUACCAAAUAUCAUUCCUACUAUGGAUAGGGUAUCAGAGAUUGCAUAACAUCCCCCCCCCCCCAGGAAUCAGUCUUUUAUCAGGAAACCUGAUUUUCAGUACCGACCUGUAGUAAAAGAUGCACAAAUCAAAUAACUGGUGAAAACAGGGUGUUUAUGGUCAUUCUUAUGCACAUUAUCAGUUUUUAGCAUCCAGAGCAAUUGAAUGGAAUAAGAUUUUAGGAGUGCUGUUUAGUUACAUAGAAACAUAGCAUGCUUUUCUGAGUACAUUGACACCCUCUGGAUCAGGACUUGAAUGCUAUUACAUGAUAUUCAUUGGAUAGAAUUCAUUAAUAGUGGCAAUUAUAUGCAUUAAAUGAAAGAAAUUGCUCAAAAUGUCAUGUAGAGUGUAGAGAAAACAAAAUGGCUUGAUCGGACGAAUCUCUAUGAGCUGUCUGGUGUAACUGCCCAUACAACCAUGCCCUUAUUUAUGGGUCUAUUUACUUGUAUUGCUUGUAAGUCUAUCCUUGUAACUUUCUUUUCUGAACUUGAUGCGUAUGGAAGUGUGCAUAUCAGUAUUGAGAAGAGGAAUUAAAGACGCAAAGGAAUAUUUUCAAAUGUAAAA